AUGGAAGCCGCGUUUAUCCGAGAGACGGUCGGCGACAUGCUGGUGCGUGCCAUGGCCGACGUCGCCAAGUACCAGCCCGAGGACCCAAUCCGCCACAUCAGCUCGCUGCUGCGCCAGGCAUGCGACGCGCGUGACAGGGAGCAGGCCAAGCAGGACGAGAUCAACAGCUACAUCGCCAAGAAGCAGGCGGAGGAAGCAGAAGCGCAAAGGCGCAGGGCGCAGGAGGCCGAAGCAGAGCGGCAGCGUAUCCAACAGCAGCGCGAGGCCGACGAUGCAGCCAGACGCGAGGCGCUCAAGGCCUACGAGGGCCUGCCGUUGGCCACGGCCGUGUUCACGUACUCCAGUGUCACACAGCAGUUCCCAAGCACUGUCUCCCUGUUUGCACAGUGCCCGCUGUGCCCUCUGCCCGAGGGCCACGACCAGGAAGACGUGAAGGCUGCGGAGGAGGAGCAGCAACAGCAACAGACGACAGAAGACGACGCAGCGACAGCAGCAGACACGGGUGACGACACAACCGAAGGACCAGCGGCGGCAGCAGAACACCAAGGAGAAGAAGAAGAAACCAAUGCAGUCAAGGACGAAGAAGAACGUGCUGCCGAGCAGCAGCAGCAGUCAGAGGAAGCGCCCUCGCCUGAUGAUGCAGUCGCUGACAGCGCAGUGUCGACGGUGACCACCACCACACCGGAGGUGCCGGACACACAACAGGGCGAAAGCGGCGACGCAGAGGUGGCCGAUGACGAAGAUGGCGAUGCUGAGCGUCAUGGCGAGCGUGAUGGUGAUGUGACACCGACACCAGACAAAGGCGAGCAGGAAGGGCAGACGGAAGCAAAGGAUGAAAAGGCGGAGGACAAGGAGGUAAAGAAGGACAAGGAGGACAAAGAGGGGGAAGUUGGCGAGCAAGGUGGGGAGGAAGAAGCCACGGCAAAGACGCCCACACCACGGGAGGAGGCUGAUGCUGGCAAGGAAGCUGAUACACAGGCUGCAGGAGAUGAAGUGAACAAGGAGGAGGAGGAGGAGGAGGAGGAGGAGGGUAAACAAGAGCCAGAGGCAACGCCAGCAGAGACUACAGAAGAAGCCGGCGACGAGGGCGCAGAGCAACAAGAGGACGAAGGCCAUGCAGACGAGGUGUCCAGUCCAAGCAACACCAAGCUGUCUCUUGAAGUCACGGAUGACACCAGCAGCCUCAGUGCGUAG